CGCAUCCCACGCCAAGAUGUCCUGCUACGACCUGUGCCCCCCCAGGACCAGCACAGACCUGUGCCCGCCCAGAACCAGCGUGGCUGUGCCCCAGCCCAUCGCUGAGAGCUGCAACGAGCUGUGCGCCCGCCAGUGCCCCGACUCCUCUGCCUUCAUCCAGCCUCCACCCGUGGUGGUCACCUUCCCCGGCCCCAUCCUCAGCUCCUUCCCCCAGCAGGCCGUGGUGGGCUCCUCCGGAGCACCGGCCUUUGGCGGCUCCCUGGGGCUGGGCGGCCUCUAUGGCGCCGGCGCCACCCAGGCCUCGGGGGGCCUCUGCACCUUUGGCAGGGCCUACGCUGCUCCUGCCUGCAGCCCUUGCGCCUGGCCCCGCUACAGCAAGAAGCUCUGGGACACCUGCGGGCCCUGCUAGAGCCACCACCAACUGCCCCAAAGCCCCGCUGCCGCCUCAGCCCAGCAUGGAGAAGUUGAGCUCUGCACAAGCUGCCCUGGCCUCCUGCAGCCCGUGACUCCCCGCCUGCCUGGGGCCUGCCCACC